CGAGCGGAGGAGCAGGAAGAAAGAAGAGACCCUCACAGGCAGAUGGUGAUAACUGUGCCGACCGCUGCUCCGUUACGGCAGAUGCGGAGUGAUCCUGCGUGCCGCUCUGCUGCGUCAAAAAACCGCCGACUUUGUCUGAGAAGCCGCGGUCUUACCGGGGGGGUUCAUUGUUCUUUUUGAAUCUUGGAAGGAAGGAUGCCCGAGAUGGUAACUGCGCAGGGAUGCCUCCGCGGAGUAUGGGCUAACAGGGCGUCUGUUCCACUGAUGAAAGCCUCUCCGUUUUUGCUUUGAAUAACACGGACCACCCACAGAAUCCCUGCGCCGUCGUGUACAACUUCGUCGCUGCUCUCUCUUCUCCAUCCUGCCCGGGAAGAACAUUGCGCACUGCAGUGAAAACUGGGAUUUCGCCGUUGUGGAAUUUCGAAAAGGUAGUGAAUAUAUAAUCAAUUCAGCCGGCAUUCAAAUCCCUCAUCUGUUCCCAGUGCAUGGUACAUUUAUACAUCCUUCACAUUGUGUCGGCCACUGCUUGAGGAACUGUGGUGGUGAGAGCCACUCUCCGCGGUUACAGAUGAGAGGCAAACAAUAUCAUCAAGCACUGAAGUUGACAGCGCCUUGGGAGAAGGAUGCUGGCUUUGGGAGGAAGCUUAAAACCUACAGGAAUCAUACCAAGAUAAUUGCACAGCCCGGGAUCGUGAUGAAGGUCCUGCGCAGGAAGAGGAUUGUGUUAUUUAUGGCCUAUUUCUUACUGCUGGUCCUCACUAUGCUUAAUUUGGCGAAUUAUAAAUGGACGAAAGAGCCACAGCAGUGCAAUCAUCAGAUGAGGAGCACCACUUAUCAGAGCAGAUCUGACAUCCGCUACCUAUACAGGCCCUCUCUGGCCAAAAAGAGACAGCUCAUCUAUGUUCUGACCACCUGGAGGUCAGGCUCAUCGUUUUUCGGGGAGCUUUUUAACCAGAAUCCAGACGUGUUCUUCUUGUACGAGCCCAUGUGGCACAUUUGGCAGAAACUGUACCCUGGUGAUGCAGUGUCUUUACAGGGGGCUGCCAGGGACAUGCUAAGCUCCCUGUACCGCUGUGAUCUGUCUGUUUUCCAACUUUACAACAGCCCCGGGGGCAAGAAUUUCACCUCGCUGGGACUAUUUGGGGCCACGCUCAAUAAAGUUGUGUGCUCCUAUCCCCUCUGCUCAGCCUACAGGAAGGAGGUGGUGGGAAUGGUAGACGACAAGGUGUGUAAAAAGUGUCCCCCUCAAAGCCUUAGACUGUUGGAGGAGGAGUGCCUCAAAUACAACACCAUAGUCAUUAAAGGGGUACGCAUUUUGGAUGUGAAUGUGUUGGCUCCACUCAUGGAGGAUCCAUCUUUGGAUUUGAAGGUGGUACACCUAGUUAGGGACCCACGGGCAGUGGCCAACUCCAGGAUUAAGUCCAGACACGGUCUGAUAAGGGAGAAUUUACAGGUAGUCCGCAGCAGGGACCCAAAACUUCGCCGGAUACCCUUUGUGGAUCCCGGUCACAAAGCCAAUAAAAAGGACGGCUCAGACUACCACUCCAUCGGAGCCAUGGAGGUGAUCUGUGACCGCACCUCCAGGACGUUGAGGACUGCCUUAAACCCACCGAGCUGGCUGAAGGGGAAGUACAUGGCCGUGCGCUACGAAGACCUGGUUGAGAACCCGGUCAAGACCUUGCGGAGCGUUUACCGUUUUGCCAACCUUACCAGCAACCAUGACAUUGAGUCCUUUGCGCUGAACAUGACCAGUGGCUCCACCUCCUCCUCUAAGCCAUUCAUAGUCUCGUCCAGGAACGCCACACAGGCUGCUAGCGCGUGGAGAACAGUGCUCAGCAUUCAGCAGAUCAAACAAGUAGAAGACUACUGUCACCACGCGAUGUCUGUUCUAGGGUAUGAGAGGGUCAGAACAGCUGGGGAGGCCAAGGACCUGAGCAAAUCACUUCUGGCACACUCCAAACUGUGAAUACAUCUGCAACCACCAAAGACCUUUUAAUUUAAUAUAAUUUUUUUUGCAUCGAGUGCCGUUUCCUCUUAUUGUGGGAUUUAAUAAGCUUUACUUUGUUUGAGGAGCUGCGCUGGCCACAUAUGGAAUGUGUCAUAAUUCUCUGAGCUGAAUUGCGGUGGUAUUUGAAGGGACCACUUCUUUUCUACUGGAGUGAUGGAUAGGUUUGACAGUACAGUACAAGGCCCAUGAACGUGAUUUCAAUUGUGAAGCUGCACCUGUGACAAAAAAACAAACAAACAACUGUAUCCUGUUCAUGUAUCUUGUUAUGAUGAUGAUGAUACUUCAAAGUGGAUGUUUUGGGGUUAUUUUUGAAUGUUCAAAAUCUUACAAAACUAUUGUUUCUUUUCCAGUCUCCAUACUGUCUGUAAAAGUGAAAACAGUGAAUGAAAGACCAACAAAAAAACAAAGAACCGAUUAAAAGAAAAAAAGGAAAAAAAUCUCAUUGCUAAUAUUCAUUUGUAAGAUCUGGGUGAUGUCGGAGACAAUCAGAAAAUUAGUAUGUUGACGUGCCAUAGGUAGAGAGGUGUGAUACAGAGGCUACAUCUGAACAGCAUCUGUGCAAUGUCUAGAUUUAAAAAAAAAAAAGGAAAUUGUGUUUUUAAUUUUGUCACAGAAUCCUUGUAGGAAAAACAUUCAAUGUGGCCAAUGUCCCUCCAGUGUGUAAGCAGUAUGUUCUACCAUUUUCAAAUGUUUACAAUUGCUUGCUCUUAUGGAAAACACGUGAUCUGGGAAUAUUGCAUCGAGUAAAGUUCACAGUAAACAAAAACAGAAAUUGCAUUUGUUUUGAAAAACCUGCACUGCUCUACAUUUUAUACAUGGGGGAAAAAAGUAAAUAAAAUCUAAUAUGGGUGGC